AUGAGAGAUUUGAGCCAAAAAAUGCAGUCUUGGAUGAGCACAGGCUGACAUAACCCUUAUCAGGCUACUUGAAGAGUAGAUAAUGGGACGAAUAAGGCAUAGUUCACCCUGAUAAUAAGAUAUAAGAGCAUGUGUUGACGUUUAGGUUUGCUCAGUGGGUUCUCGGAGACACCCAGGUACUGUACAUUCUUCAUGAGGAAUUCUGCAUUAUUUGAAUUCAUUUUUUCAUUUAUUUUGUAUUUUUUACUGAAGCAAUUGUAUUUUCUGUGUGGUUUAAUGGAAAACUAAACAUUUUAAGCCAAAAGGACUUUUUAAAACUUUAUAAUCAGUAACUUCUGCUAACUUAAUAAGGUUAAAUUAAUCAAACAUUCAUGGUUUUCUCUUUCAAGCAAAGCCGAGUUAGUUUAAAGGAACCAAUAAUUUCACUUUUCUUACCAGGUGAGACAAUAAGAGAGGAAACAUGAAGAAAUCUGACAAUCUGAAGGCAAAUAAGGAAGAUGGUGAAAACAGAAAUGAAAAGAAAAAGGAAAAUGCCCUGAGUGUUGGAUACUUUCAGCUGUAUCGAUUUGCCACCUGGAGAGACACCGCCAUGAUGGUGGUGGGCGGCUUGUGCGCCCUCGUCCACGGCGCCGCCACCCCGCUCAUGCUUUUGGUCUACGGCAUGAUGACAGACACAUUUGUGGCGUAUGAGCUGGAGGUUCAGGAGCUCAAAGAUCCAAACAAGGAGUGUUUGAACGACACCAUCUAUUGGACUAAUGGUUCCAUUUAUGAAACGGAUGACAACCAGACAGUGGCGUGUGGAGUGAACAUUGAGGUCCAGAUGACCCAGUUUGCAUAUUACUAUAUCGGUAUUGGGUCAGGAGUUCUGCUUGUUAGUUACUUCCAGAUCAUGCUAUGGGUGUCAGCAGCUGCAAGACAAACUCAGAGAAUCAGAAAAACGUAUUUCAGGAAAGUGAUGCAGAUGGAGAUCGGGUGGUUCGACUGCAACUCUGUGGGUGAACUCAACACAAGGAUAUCAGAUGAUAUCAACAAGAUUAACAACGCCAUCGCCGAUCAGGUUUCUAUCUUCAUUGAGAGAAUCUCCACCUUUAUUUUUGGCUUCAUGGUGGGAUUCAUUGGAGGGUGGAAGCUAACGCUGGUGGUCGUAGCUGUCAGCCCCCUGAUAGGAUUGGGAGCUGGACUAAUGGCCAUGGCUGUAGCCAGGUUGACAGGACGAGAGCUGAAGGCGUACGCGAAGGCGGGCGCCGUGGCCGAUGAGGUGCUGUCAUCCAUCAGGACUGUUGCAGCGUUUGGUGGGGAGGAAAAGGAAGCGGAGAGGUACGACAGGAACCUGGUAGAGGCUCAGAACUGGGGAGUGAAGAAGGGCUCGAUCAUUGGAGUUUUUCAAGGAUACCUGUGGUGCAUCAUCUUCCUCUGUUACGCUUUGGCCUUCUGGUAUGGGUCCAAGCUGGUCAUUGACACUAAAGAGCUAUCUCCUGGUGAUCUCAUUCAGGUUUUCUUUGGAGUACUCGUGGCUGCUACAAACCUGGGUCAGGCGGCGCCGUGUCUCGAGGCUUUUGCCUCUGGACGCGCAGCGGCAAAGACCAUCUUUGAAACCAUCGACAGGGAACCAGAGAUUGACUGCUUGUCAGAGGACGGCUAUAAACUGGACAAAGUCAAGGGUGACAUCGAGUUCCACAAUGUCACUUUCUACUAUCCGUCUCGACCAGACGUAAAGAUUUUGGAUAGUCUGAGCCUUCACAUCAGAGCUGGAGAAACCACUGCCUUUGUUGGACCAAGUGGAUCUGGAAAGUCCUCAGCCGUCCAGUUGAUCCAGAGAUUUUAUGAUCCGAAGGAAGGAAUGGUGACUCUGGAUGGGCACGAUCUCCGCUCUCUAAACAUCCAGUGGCUCCGCUCUCUCAUUGGCAUUGUAGAGCAGGAGCCAGUACUGUUUGCCACAACCAUCGCUGAGAACAUACGAUACGGCCGAGCUGGAGUUACAAUGGAGGACAUCAUCCAGGCGACAAAAGAAGCUAACGCUUAUAGUUUUAUUAUGGAUUUGCCGCAGAAAUUCGACACUCUGGUGGGUGAGGGCGGAGGUCAGAUGAGUGGAGGACAGAAACAGAGGAUCGCCAUCGCCCGCGCUCUUGUCCGAAAGCCAAGGAUCCUUCUGCUCGACAUGGCCACGUCUGCCCUAGACAAUGAGAGCGAAGCCAUUGUGCAGGAAGCAUUAAACAAAGUACACUCCGAAAGGACAACAAUCUCUGUGGCGCAUCGACUUUCGACAAUUCGAAGUGCAGAUGUGAUCGUUGGAUUUGAGCACGGACGGGCGGUGGAGAAAGGAACUCACAGGGAGCUGCUAGAGAGGCAGGGCGUCUACUUCACCCUCGUCACCCUACAGAACCAAGGAUCCUCUAACAUAGCUCAGGAUGGGACUAGUGAGGACUCUGAAGAGGAAUUUGACAUUAAACUGGGGGAUUUUAAGCGCUCCAGUUGUAGAUCCAGUGUAAGGAGCUCGGUGCGGCUGCGAUCUCAGAGCAAACUAUCGAGUGAUUUUGUCCCCGACUUUGUGUCAGGCAGUCUCAGGAUCACCUCGGACGUGGACACUCUGGCAGAAAAUAGUCUUAAAAAUAAGGCAGACGAGCCGAAAGAAUCUGCUUCAGUUGCACGAAUCCUGAAGUACAACCAGCCUGAAUGGCCGUACAUGCUGCUGGGCUCUCUGGGAGCCGCCAUCAAUGGAUCAGUCAACCCAAUCUAUGCUGUCCUGUUCAGCCAGAUUCUCGGGACUUUCGCCAUCCCUGACCUGGACGAGCAGAGGAGGCAGAUAAAUGGGAUUUGCCUUUUGUUCUGCAUCGUGGCUGUGAUCAGCUUCUUUUCCCAGUUUAUUCAGGGAUAUUCCUUUGCUAAGUCUGGAGAACUGCUGACCCGCCGCCUGAGAAAAGUGGGCUUCCAGGCCAUGUUGAAACAGGAAAUCGGAUGGUUUGAUGACCCUGAAAACAGUCCUGGAGCUCUGACCACCAGGCUGGCCACAGAUGCAUCCAUGGUCCAGGGGGCGACCGGCUCUCAGAUCGGCAUGAUUAUCAACUCACUGACCAGCAUUGGAGCCUCCUUCAUCAUCGCCUUUUACUUCAGCUGGAAGCUAACGUUGGUAAUCCUGGGCUUCCUGCCGCUCAUCGGCCUGUCGGGUGUAUUCCAAGCCAAAAUGUUGACAGGUUUUGCAAAUGAAGAUAAAAAAGCCAUGGAAGCUGCCGGUCGGGUUUCCAGUGAGGCUCUUGGCAACAUUCGGACUAUUGCAGGCUUGACCAAGGAGCGCUCCUUUGUGGAAUCGUUCGAGCAGAAACUAGAACUCCCAUAUAAAUCUGCCAAAAAGAGAGCCAACGUCUACGGACUCUGUUUCGGCUUAACUCAGUGUGUCAUCUUCAUGGCAUACGCUGCUUCAUUCAGAUUUGGGGGCUACCUGGUCCGAGCUGAAGGGCUUCAGUACAUGCUGGUUUUUAGGGUGAUUUCCGCUGUGGUGAUCAGUGGGACGGCCCUGGGAAGAGCCUCCUCCUUCACUCCUGAUUACGCUAAAGCUAAAACCGCCGCCGCUCAGUUUUUCAAACUGUUGGACAGAGUUCCAAAGAUCAGCCACAGCAAUGGAGAGAAAUGGGAAAACUUCAAAGGAGAAGUAAAGUUCAUAAACUGCAAGUUUACGUAUCCAACUCGACCAGACACCCAAGUGCUGAAAGGCCUGGUGGUGUCAGUGAAGCCUGGACAAACGUUAGCAUUUGUUGGGAGCAGCGGUUGUGGGAAAAGUACCAGUGUUCAGCUAUUGGAGCGGUUCUACGAUCCUGAUGAGGGCAAAGUGCUGAUUGAUGGCCACCCAUCCGAUUCAGUCAGCGUGCCCUUCUUAAGGUCUCAGAUCGGCAUAGUGUCGCAGGAGCCGGUUUUGUUUGACUGCACCAUUGCUGAGAACAUUCAGUAUGGAGACAACAGUCACAGAAUCGGCAUGGCAGAGGUUUUAGAGGCAGCGAAGAAAGCUAAUCUCCAUGACUUUGUGAUGACUCUGCCAGAUAAAUAUGAGACUCAGGUUGGAGCUCAGGGCUCUCAGCUCUCCAGAGGACAGAAACAACGCAUUGCUAUUGCCAGAGCUAUCAUCAGGAACCCCAAGAUUUUACUUUUAGAUGAGGCCACUUCUGCUCUGGACACAGAAAGUGAACAGAUCGUCCAAUCUGCUUUGGACGAGGCCAGGAAAGGACGCACCUGCAUCGUCAUUGCUCAUCGGCUGUCAACCAUCCAGAAUGCUGACAUCAUCGCUGUGAUGUCUCACGGAGAGGUCAUAGAGCAAGGCACUCAUGAUGAGCUUAUGGCCAAGAGGGGCGCUUAUUAUAAACUAGUCACAACUGGAGCUCCAAUCAGCUGAAUGUCUGUACAGUAAAAAGCAUUAAGGGAAGAUGCAGAGUACAAGAAAAAAAACUGAGUUAGAGUCUUUUUAUCCUUCAUCAAAUAUAUUUACACAUCUGCAAUAAAACUUCCUGUUACAGACACCAGAACAGAUUCUAGGUUUAUAAAUCUAAAUACUGGGUUAUGUGAACAACAGUUUUAUGUUCUCUAUCCUUCAAAUGAUUUUGUUACUCCUAUUUGAAUUAUUUUUAAAGUUAAAACCAUAAUAAACGUAAAAUACAAACUUUAUGUGGAAAAAAUGAAAGCAUGAAACACAAAAAUCAGCAUUUUCAUGCUUUAAUGUAAGAAAUUAAUCUUUGAGUUUCCUAAAUGAAUUAAAAAAAUGAAGUAUCUAGAAUUUAAACAUUCCUACCAUUUGUAAAAUAAUAUUUCAUGUUUUGCAUGAUUUAAUUUAUUGACAAAUAUUUAAAAAAAUUGAAAAAAUAUUAAAUGAUUGCUCUUUGUGAUAUAAAACACACUGGGAGGGAUUGUCAGGAAUGGGUAGAGUGGGACCCAAAAUGUAGGAAAUUAGGCUGAAUUCGAGUAACAUUUAAAAAAAAAAAAAAAA